ACCUGAGCCGAAGGCAGACGCUUUAACCGACUGAGCCACCCAGGCGUCCCCACCCUUCACCCUUUUCUGUUACAUGUUUUAUGAUUUUUACAUUUAACAGUUAAUAUUUAGAUUCAGUAAAAGUUAAGCUUCCGUCACUUUCAGCUGUACCAUUCAAGGCUACUUCCUCAGGCUCCUGCAUGAGCUCAGGCUUGGGUCAGAUUGACCUGGGUUCAAAGCCACAGCAGAGCCAUGUCACAGCCCUGUGACAGGCAAGCUCCUAUGGGAACUCUUGGAAUCAUGCCCGUGGCCAUGGCGUGGGGAGGGGUAACUUGCCAGGCUGAAUGCCAGGGGUCCCCAUGAUGCACAAAGUGCUGCCAUGGGAACCUACAUUCCAGAAACAGCCCCCUGCCCAGCUCAUUUCGUUGGAGAUCCUCGAACCAAAAACAUGUUUGCAUGUUGCAUCCCGAAGUCCAGAGACUACAGGCUGAGGAAAGCAAACUGUGCAAACACUCCCUCGCUGGGGAUGUCGUGUCAGGGCUCCCCGACGUCUCUGUCCAUUUGGCUGGAAAGACCGAAAGGAGACACCAGGAGGCCCAGGGCCAGCCACCCAGCCCCACAGGGUCUAAUCGAUCUGCUCCACCAUCUCAGGAGCUAGAGCCAGGCUCCACCUGUGUCCCUAACUCGUGUGAGGAGCCAGGUGCAGGGGCAGAAUCCAAGCCAGCUUCCAUGGGGCUCUGCAAACACAGGAACUGUCACUCAGCUCGGAGGCAUCACAGCCCUGCCCGAUGUCCUCACUGUCCCCCUGCCCAGCCCCCCUGCUGCUCCCAGAUCAGACACACACCUGUGCGUGCACAGCCCAGAGUCUCCCAGAGAUGCCCCAGGCACCCAGCCCCGGUGUUCUCACCCUCGGGCUCGGCCACUGUGGGCUCUGCGUGCUCCAGCUGGGUCAGCAGAAGGUGGGCUUGGUGCUCCAGGUCGGAACAGGGCAUGUUGAGCUGCACAUGGGCCACCAGCUGCUUGAGGCAGGGAACGUCUUUGGCUGACAGAAGUCCUCCGAGUCUGAAGUCCUCUGAGUCAGCCAGGUGCCCAGAACGGAGGAGAUGGCCCUGGAGCUCUGGAGUUGGUGAUGGAGCCGUAGUUCCAGCGGGCUUACUCACACUGGGGCGCACUUGGCUCCAGCUCCCGAGCUCCCAAGCUCCCGGCAAAGGCACCGCAGCAGAAGAUGGAAAUGCUUCGAGCUCUGGAGCGGGCUUUGGGUCUGUAGCUGCUUCUGCAUCCACGUCGACUCUACAGUGCCUGUCCCUGUGCCAUCUCACAGGAAACCCCCCACAGCCUCCCACAGCAGCGCUGAGCUGUCUCGAGAAGUGGCUCUCGAUCUCGGGCUGGCUCUCACUCUGGGAAUGGUGCCGGAUCGGGUGGGAGAACUGGUGUGCAGAUGGCUUUGCUCUGGACCUCAUGCCGGAGCGGGUUUUGCCUGUGGUCGGGGUCCACGGGUCGGAGCUGGAGGGGCUCUAG